AGCUAACCAGUGAAGUUAGCCUCAUUGAAUUUUCUCCAACUCGAAGGUGAAUUCAUAACCUCUAAUCAGCUUAUCAAAAACCUUCUGACUGUUAAGUUAAACAGAUAAUAAACAAAAUGAGCCAUUUCGCAUCCCCAAUGCCCAGUCGCGAGUUCCUUUGGGACGUAUUCCAGAGGGUGGACCGCGAUAGAAGUGGGUUUAUCAACGCGGAGGAGCUUCAAGCCGCCCUUUCAAAUGGGACCUGGAGCCCAUUUAACCCAGAAACAGUAAGACUGAUGAUAGGUAAAAUCAAUGCAACAAGUGGGAACGGUGGUAAUUUCUCUCCCUUAGGAAUGUUUGAUAGGGCUAAUAGGGGGCAAGUCAGUUUCGAGGACUUCGGUGCUUUGUGGAAAUACGUAACCGAUUGGCAAAACUGUUUCCGUUCGUUUGAUAGAGACAACUCUGGCAAUAUUGAUAGAAACGAACUAAAAACAGCACUGACCACUUUCGGGUACCGUCUCUCAGACGGACUUGUUAGCACCUUGGUCAGGAAGUUCGACAGACACGGGAAUGGGACCAUACUAUUUGACGAUUUCAUCCAAUUGUGUAUUAUUUUAUAUACUUUAACUGCCGCCUUCAGACAACACGAUACAGACCAAGACGGCGUCAUCACAAUCCACUAUGAGCAGUUCUUGAGCAUGGUAUUUAGCCUAAAAAUUUAAAAUAAACGUUCGCCUGCACAAAAUCACUGUUUCAGGCAACAUUCCUUGUUAUACCAAAAUCUUAAUCGUGCCACAAUUAGAACCAUGGUCAAUAUUAACGUUUUUGUCUUUCUUGUAACUAUAAACAAUACUAAAAUCUAGGUGUAAGGUCUAUAAUAUUUAUCAAUGUAUAUUCCUCUAGUAUUUGAUAUGUUGCCGCAGUUGUAAUUAUUUUUCUAUGUUAUGUACUUUAUUGAAAUACAUUGUUUAAAACA